AUGCAAUCCUUGAGAGAGACUGUUAGAGUGUAUCUCGUUCCAUCGGUCAGCAUCGGAGAAGAAGUUUUUAAUCAUAAAUGUUUAAUUUAUGAUGCUAAGAGUGUUGAAAUUUUGAGAAAUACCUAUCGGAUAUUAGCAACACCCUUUGGAUCGCUUCCGAAUUAUACACAGCAAAAUGUCUUUAAUUCAUUACCGUGUUUGAUCACACCCGAAAGUGUUACACUAGGAAUUGAACAUGGAUUUAUACGAGUUUUUGAAGAUUUGCAUUCAUCAAAUGUAAAUAGACUGCAAGAUUUAAUGUUAAACGCACCUGCAGCAACGUCGUCUAGCUCUAAACUCGCUUCAGGUCAUAAUUCUGGAGUGAAUCAAACGAUCUUUAAAUUUCAAAUAGGAUAUGAACAAGCAAUUUUAAAUCAAAAUACUUGCUAUGAAGAACCUAAAGAUAUUACUCAAAUAUGGACCUAUCCGCAAACACCUUUCCAAUUCGAGAAAUAUCAAAUUUUCAAAGAUUUACACAACAAUGGAUUCUUUUUGAGCAGUGGAGAUAAAUUUGGAUGUGAUUUUCUUGCCUAUCGAGGAGAUCCAGUAUUACAUCAUGCAGAAUUCAUGAUCUAUAUACAAGAAAUAGAUAAACCAAUUGAGCCACAUCUCAUUAUCAGUAUUGGAAGACUAGGAAAUACAGUUCAUAAAACUGUCCUUUUUGCUUCUUGGAAUUCCUCGACACAGACUGUACAAUAUAUAAGCUUAAAUUGGUUCAACCCUCAACCUAUCAAACCUUGGAAAAUCAAAGAACUUUGCAACAAGGAAAAAACUGACAUGCAAGAAUGA